AUGCUUCUAAUGGAACAGCCGAGAGGGGUUGGGCCGGCAGCUCAGGGGCAGCAGCGGCUUCCCCGGACGCGGCGCCGGCGGCGGCCCGAAGGCUUCCGAAGAGACCCGAAGGGGCCCGAAGACACCCGAAGGCACCCCGAGGGUACCCCGAAGGCGCCCGAAGGCACCCGAAGUGGCCCGAGGGCGUCGAGGCGUCCGUUUGGCGCUGCCGAGCUCCCCGCCUCAGGGCCCGGCCUUGCCUUCCCCGGCGGGCCCGGUGCGGGCAGCCAGCAGGGCGCCCCCAUGAACAACCUGAACGAGCCCCCCGGCUGGAACAUCCUGCCCAACCGCAGGGAGCCCGGCGAGGAGGGCGGCCGGUGGAACUACGCCCUGCUGGUGCCCAUGCUGGGCCUGGCGGCCUUCCGUUGGAUCUGGACCAGAGAAUGUCAGAAGGAAAUAGAAAAGGAAAAAAACGAGUAUUACAGAAAACAUUCAUCUCUACAGAAAGACCUGGAAGCCAAAUACCGGGAUACGAUCACGGAAAGUCGUCGCGCGGUUGCUCACUUGGAGCUGGAGCUUGAAAAGGAGCGCAACAGGACCCUGAGCUACCGUGAAGCCCUCGUGUCCCAGAGUCGCAAGCUAGUAGAAGAGAGGAGAAGCCUAGAACAGGAGCAGGAGAAGUUGGAGAGGGAGAAACAAGUUCUUUUGCACUCGGGAGCAGCAGGUAACUUGUACCAAAGUUGCCUGGCAAAGGAAGAAGAAUGGCAAAAGAGAGCCAACGUUUUACUAAAAGAAUUUGAAGAUGGACUUAAGGAAAGACAGGAGAUCUACUGCAGUCUUGUGGUACCCAGAAGCCAGAGACUAGAAAUAGAGAAAAAUUUGCUAGUUAAAGCGGCAACUGAUCCUGUUGCUGUGGCUCUACAUAUGGAAAGUGGCUUAAAAGAUAUUUUCAAACAUGAUAACUACUGUGGCAAUCUGCUGAACAGAAGCAGAAGUCAAAAUGGAAGACUUAUGUGGUUGUAUUUGAGAUAUUGGGAACUAGCUAUUGAACUACAGAAGUUCAAGAGGGUAGAAAAAGCAGUGUUAGGAAAACGGUAGGGGGAGUAAUGGUGUUUCAUGUGGUCUGCUGUGAAGAGUAGGGACAAUCACACUUGUAGUCUGAAGCUGUCACAUUUUCUUUCUGUGUUUCCAUUUCUACUCUUCACUGCAUUUGUAUUUGCAUGGGACGUGCAGUGUUGGUGCCUUUCCUUUCACUAACAGCAGAUACUCCAGCAAGCUAUGCAUGCUCUAAAACUCUGUGUUUGUAUUGCAGACUGCAGUGUACUCCAGAGAUAUGCAAGCUUCCAUAGGGAUCAGAAGGAGCUAAACAGAAGUCACUUCAGAGUAAUUUACCAAGCUGAAGGUUGUGCUCUAUCAACAGAAAAGUGAGAUUUGUCUCCACUGUGUGGGCAGCACACUGUGCUCCUUAUGCAUGCAUUGCGUGCUGCCUCAACGCUGUCUUUUUUAAGCAAGACUGAUUUUGAGCCAGAUCUUUGGAAGAGACCAUGAUUGAGCAAGAUGCUUGUCACGUAAAUCUUAUGCGUAUAUACACACAUAUAUACAAAUAUAUAUGUGUGUGUAUGCGUAUGUAUCUGUGUGUAUGUAUAUAUAUCAAAAAUGUAUGCAUCAGUACUCUGAGAGGGGAAUAGUGUGAUUGUGCUUCAGGUUGAUCAGUCUUGUAUUGUCUUCCAGGCUCAAAAUACAAAUAGGACUUUAUGGACGAAACAUCCAAAAGAUGCUACUUAAAAUAACAUUUAAACAGAUUGAGGAGAGCCUCACUGGAGUUAGGGAGACGUGUUUGAAUACUAAAAUAAUAUAUAAACUUGAAGUUGUAUCCUCAUAAUACAGUAGAAAUGUUGACAAUGCUUACGUUUUUCUCUCAGUUAAGGUUUCAGUGAUAACCUAACAGUGUGCCUCCAUUAUGCACAUCACCGUGCUGCUGCCUCUGCAUCCCAGUGCACUUAGGGUACGUGUUCAGCUUCCAGGAAUCUCCGUAGUCACUGCGCCUGGCUCUGUUGCUCCUUCAGGCUCUGAUUGUUGUGCUCAGAAGGGUGGCAGCCACCCUUCUUCCCUGACUGCCUCUGUUCUCCCAGACCUGAAGUACGCUUUUCCACAACUCUGAAAUUUUGAGCUUACAGUUCACCCCUUCACAUACCCAUGACCGUGGAAAUCCUACAGAUGUACAAGUUCUGUAAAGACUUACGAAGCAGAGCUUUUUACUUGAAUUACCACAAUAAACAUAUCUAGAUACAAAAAAUAAAUACCCCAGUGGGUUUCCAUGCGUGAAAUCCCUUAAAUCUUUGGCUCCUUGUAGAGCAUAGGAACUACCUUCAGUUUCAAAAGUGCCAUGUGUUUUGGAGUGGAAGUCUUUUUUCCUUCUCCUUUCUAAUCCAGCCUUAGACCCCAAAGGGACAAUUGUUACCCUUUUGUUUAUAAUGUCGGUCUUUGUUACUUGACUUCAAUCAGUGUUGGUAGGUUGUCAUUCUUUAGUUAGCAUUUCUUUAUUAGCUGAGGGAUAGACUUGCCAAACAUGUUUGCUCUAGGCCAUCAGCUAUCGCAUGGCCCAGAAACAAUCCAGCUCGGUGGAUGCCCAUCCAAGUUUAACAGAACUAGCAGAUGUGGAGCUUUCUCUUAUUAUUGCCUCUCAGUUUCAUUUCUGUCAGGAAACGGAAUACAACUCUUUUGAAGUAGUGUAUAGAACCUAAUGCAGUUCCUCAGCAAAAAUAUCUAACGUGAAACAAAAUUCUUGAACGUUUGUUUCCCAAAUACUCAGUUUUUCAUCUGUUACUUUGCUCACCUUGUUGGUGCCAAUGGUGAUGUAUUGAUUUAUUAACCUCUUAUGGACUGGUUUUAUUUUUAAAUAAAGUUUGAGUGGACAAACAUGGAGGGAAAAAAAGAGAUACCAUCGCAGACACCAGAAAGGCCAAAGGUUGUCUGGAUGCCAAGCUCAUGCAGGUUCAGCCAUGAGAAUGUGAUUGAGUUAGUGCUCAUGUGACAACCUUAGCCAAGCUGCUGAAGCUGGCCAUAUCCAUGUGCCCUAAUUGCCCAGUAGAACAAAUAAUUCAGAACAACUUAACUCAUGUGCCGUUCCUUCAGGAUGUGGAAAGUGUCUGCCCACCCAGCUGUAGUGCAUUUCAUAUGUAGGUACAAGCAGUUACAGCAACUCAGCGGAACAGCUGUAGACAGUGAAUCAAUGCCAAUAUAUUCAAGACUCAUGCCUCGACUUUGUGCAUCUUCACUCGUUCUUAAUACUAAAUGAAGAAACAUUUUAUGCUUUUUUCAGUUUUUCAUAGUAUAUGUCCCUGACAUCAAAAUAUUUAAAGAAAACAUAAUCAGGAAGUAAAAUACUUUUCAGUAUAAAUAAAUGAUUGGAAGCAUCACAUGCUUGAUUGUAUGUGGUUGGAUGCAAAGGAAUAAAUACAAUAUUCACUUCUUUAGAAGUGCCAGCUAUUUGCACAGCUGAUUGUUGAACUAUUGUUCAUGGACACUUUGCAGAUCAGUCUAUUGAGAUCAAGGAGUUUUUUUGAGGAGGAUUUUCGAGAGCAUGAAACUGGUUUAGAAGCACCAGUCCUAUUAGUUUCUACCAAAACUCCUGUUUCUUAGUGCGUUACGUAUUUUUGAAAUAGUCCUCUUUUGUAAGUUAUUAUAUUGAAAGUUCUAUUAUGAGCUUGAUUUUGCCCGACAGCCGUUGUUCUGGAUUACUGAUUUGUUUGAAAAUGUCUGUGUGUAUGUAGAGUGAAGGAAUAAUUUGUUUUCAAAAUAUUUAUUGAAGGGUUUUGUUGGUUGGUGUUGGUUUUUUGUUUUGUUUUGUUUGUUUUGUUUUGUUAUGAAAAUACAAACUCACCUGUUAAACAAACAACAAAAAUAAUAAAAACCCUUACAUCUCUC